CUAAAGCUAUCUUCUUCACUCAGCUGAGAUUAGUAGCCAUGGUUUCGCUGGAAGUCAUCCGGACCGCGGUCGGGAUUCUUGGAAAUGCAAUUGCACUAGGGUUGUUCUUGUCCCCAGUGCCAACUUUCAUGAGAAUACGGAAGAAGGGUUCGGUGGAGGAAUUCUCUCCAUUCCCUUACCUAGCCACCCUCCUCAACUGCAUGAUGUGGGUGGUGUAUGGGCUGCCCAUGGUGCACCCCCAUAGCAUCCUGGUCAUAACCAUUAAUGGGUCAGGAGUUAUCAUAGAGCUCUCCUUCGUGCUCCUCUUCCUCCUCUACUCCCAGGGGAGCAAGAGAUUCGUGGUGCUUGCGAUGUUGUUCGGUGAGAUCGCCUUCGUCGGCAUCGUCACCCUGCUCGUUCUGAUACUUGCCCACACAUAUGAGCGUCGCUCCUUGAUCGUCGGCGUUGUCUGCGUCUUCUUGUGUGCCAUGAUGUAUGCUUCUCCCUUGUCCGUCAUGAAAAUGGUGAUAAAGACAAGGAGCGUGGAGUUCAUGCCUCUCUUUCUCUCACUAGCUUCUUUCUUCAACGGCACUUGCUGGACUGCCUAUGCUCUCAUCCGUUUCGACCCAUACAUCACUAUUCCAAACGCCCUCGGAGUAAUAUUUGCGGUGGCACAACUGGUAUUGCACGUCAUGUACCGCAAGUCGACCAAGGAACAGCUGGAGGCGAAUAAGAAGGCCGCGGCCGCUGAGAUGGGAUUGGCCGAGGUGGUGGUGGUGAAGGGAGAGACGAACAAGAUCGGCAAUGCACCUCCUAAUGGCCACUAAUAAGGUGAAGUGCGUGAGAUGCCAUGAGAGCUCCACGCCACUCUAAUGGUAUAAAACCCUUCCCGAAGGGCUUAGGGAUUUCUCCGUUGCCUUUCAAUAUGUCAAUUGCAGGUAUCAUGUUGAGUUGGUAUCCAUGUCUGGGACUCUUGCAAGAUUUCAUGAUUUCAUGUAUGUUCUCCAUCUUUCAUCAAGAAAAUUGUUUGCUCUUUGU